UCUGAAAAUGUCGAAAUUCAUCUUUUAGAUGAAAACGAUGUGACAUACACAAUAAAAGUAUCGCCAAAUGAUGCAGCGCGUGCAGAAAAUGAUACGAUAUUUGCUACUUAUCUUCUAGAAAGAGCAAAAUCACAAGAUUCAGAUUUUGAUGCAGCAAGUCUGUCAAUGGAGUUUUCCAAUUCUGAGGAUAAUAAUGAAUCAAUGUUUAAAUGGUCUCAUGCGGCAAUUCUAUUGCUGGUAGAAAAGUAUCGGCUGCAAAAAAAUAACAUUGUAUCGGGUAAAAUGUCCCAGAAAAAAGUAUGGAAUAAUAUUGCAUCAGCAUUAUCUGUUAAAGGCUAUAAUGUCACUGGACCUCAAUGUCUUUCAAAAUUUCACGGAAUGAAACGAACUUAUAAAUCUAUAAAAGAUCACAAUAGCAAAUCAGGGAAUAAUCUUAGAACAUGGCCUUAUAUGGAAGUCAUGGAAUCUUUACUUGGUGAACGACCUAUUAUGUCGCCUCCAGCAAUAGCCUCUUCAAGCACUAUUCAAAUUGUCGGAAGCGCAAGGCACAAGAAAGUACAUCAAACAUUGCUGAAUCAAUUUUACAAAGUCGGAAAUUGGCUGAGAACAACAGUGAUCAGAGGCACAAAGAAAACAUGGACUUUGAAAAGCAAAUGCUAGAAUUCAUGGAACACCUGUUGUAUCAUCUGCAGCAACUUGACGAGGAAUAUCAUUAUCUACUUCAUUAUUUAAUAAAACAAUGUCAAAAUCAUCAUUUCUUAGUAUACAAAUAUUAUGC